CAUUGGAGGACCCAUGGCUUUCGGCUCUAAAAAAUUUUGCUUGGCGGCUGAACGGACAGGCCCUAAUCUAUAUUUACGCAGUCGUCCCUAAGAUUUUCUUCACUAAAACCAUGGAAGAUAUCUGGCUAUACACAUCUCUUACCGUCGUCUUUCUAUUGUUUGCUUUCAAAGUCUUGCUUCACAGAAGAAGAAACCAUGGAAAUCUCCCACCAAGCCCGCCUGCUUUUCCUGUACUAGGUCAUCUCCACCUGAUGAAAUUACCUUUCCAUCGAGCUCUACAGACUCUUUCUGAAAAGUAUGGUCCCAUAUUCGCCCUCCGCCUCGGGUCUCGCCCAGUUGUUGUCGUCUCCUCUCCCUCCGCCGUCGAAGAAUGCUUCACCAAGAACGACAUCGUCCUCGCUAACCGUCCUUACUUCUUGACCGGUAAGCACCUUUGCUACAACCACACCACUGUGGAAGCCUUACCAUAUGGCGAAGACUGGCGCAACCUCCGCCGCCUCUGCUCAAUCGAAAUCCUCUCCUCCAAUCGCCUUAACAUGUUUCUAGGCAUCCGCAGUGAUGAAGUCAAGCUUCUGUUGCGCCGACUGUCUCAGGAUUCCAGGGAUAAGUUUGCAAAGGUAGAGUUGAAACCAUUGUUUUCAAAUCUGACGUUUAAUACUAUGACGAGGACGAUUGCAGGGAAGCGAUACCAUGGCGAAGAAGUGGGUACGGAGGAGGUUAAGCAGUUUCGGGAGAUCAUAGGGGAGAUUUUUGAGUUGGCUGGGAAUUCAAACCCGAUGGACUACUUGCCCAUAUUGGAGUGGGUUGACUAUGGGGGUUACAAGAAGAAGCUGAUGAAGAUCAGUAGACGGACAGAGGCGAUGCUGCAAUAUUUAAUUGAUGAGCAUAGAAAUAGCAAGAAGAGGGGUUUAGAGGAUAGCACCACCAUCGACCAUCUGCUUUCAUUGCAAAAAUCAGAACCAGAGUACUACACUGAUGAAAUCAUCAAAGGACUUGUACUGAUUCUAAUCCUCGGUGGAAGUGAGAGUACAGCGGUGACAAUAGAAUGGGCGAUGGCUCUCCUACUCAAUCAUCCAGAUGCGUUAAACAAAGUUAGAGAAGAGAUAAACAUUCACGUUGGACAAGGAAGAUUGAUGGAAGAAUCAGAUCUCUCCAAAUUGGGGUACCUUCAAAAUGUCAUCUCUGAGACCCUUAGAUUGUGCCCUGCAGCUCCACUCUUGCUACCCCAUAUGACAUCAAGUCAUUGUCAAGUGGGAGGAUUUGAUAUACCAAAAGGCACAAUGUUGAUUACUAAUGCAUGGGCUAUUCACAGGGACCCUAAGGCGUGGGAUAACCCGACAAGUUUUAAGCCAGAGAGAUUUAAUAGCGGAGAAAAUAAUAAUUACAAAUUGUUCCCAUUUGGGCUUGGAAGGAGGGCAUGUCCUGGGAGUGGUCUAGCCAAUAGGGUGAUCGGUUUGACUUUAGGGUUAUUAAUUCAAUGUUAUGAGUGGAAAAGGGUUAGUGAGAAAGAAGUUGAUCUGGCGGAACGGCUAGGACUCACCAUGCCUAAGGCUAUACCAUUGGAGGCCAUGUGCAAAGCUCGUGAUAUCAUCAAGAUGGUUGUUUGAAACUACAUAGGAUAUUAAUGUUUGAGGGCAUCAUAAUUCAUGUAAUUGUGUUGGUGAUGUAAUAUCUUAUAUAAAUAAUAAAAAUUUGUAGUGGUUAGUUGGGUCCUUGGCCUAUUCU